UAGUACGUGGUGACAACUCUAUUCGAGAGGUGUUCGUCGUGCAAACUUCUCGAUUGCAACUUGAAUUUUCCAGUCGGAAAACAACGUAUUAUUUGAUUAAUUAAUUAACAAAUUGCAAACGCAGUGACGUUUCAAUUUCAUUAGAAAAAUGUUGGUCAACGAAGCCAGACAAGUUUUGAGCCGCGCCAGCUCCUUGGCCGCACGUCAUCAGUUGCGUGCAAUCAGCAGCACAACGCAGCUGGAGCAACAGGCACAACCGAAGGCAGUGCCGGAGCCACAGAUAAAGAAAUUUGAAAUCUAUCGCUGGAAUCCGGACAAUGCCGGCGAGAAGCCCUACAUGCAGACCUAUGAGAUCAACAUGCGUGAAUGCGGUCCCAUGGUGCUGGAUGCGUUGAUCAAGAUCAAGAACGAGAUGGACCCAACGCUGACGUUCCGUCGGUCUUGCCGUGAGGGCAUUUGCGGCUCGUGUGCCAUGAAUAUUGGCGGCACCAAUACGCUCGCUUGCAUCAGCAAAAUUGAUGCGACCAGCCCGAAGCCGUUGAAGGUGUAUCCGCUUCCACAUAUGUAUGUGGUGCGUGAUCUGGUGCCGGACAUGAAUAACUUCUACGAGCAGUACAAGAAUAUUCAGCCCUGGCUGCAGCGCAAAAACGAAGCCGGGGAGCAGAAGGGCAAGGCACAGUACUUACAAUCUGUGGAGGAUCGCUCCAAGUUGGAUGGCCUAUACGAGUGCAUUCUGUGCGCCUGCUGCUCCACGUCUUGCCCAUCGUACUGGUGGAAUGCCGAGAAAUACCUUGGCCCGGCUGUGCUAAUGCAGGCCUAUCGCUGGAUCAUUGAUUCGCGUGACGAGAACACCGAGGAGCGUCUGAGCAAGCUAAAGGAUCCCUUCAGUGUCUACCGUUGCCACACCAUCAUGAACUGCACACGCACCUGUCCGAAGGGCUUGAAUCCGGGUCGCGCCAUUGCUGAGAUCAAGAAAUUGCUUUCGGGCUUAGCAUCGAAGCCAGCGCCUAAACUGGAGACUGCAGCGCUUCACAAGUAGAUGAAUUGUACGACACCCUUUCUGUGACUCUGUGAACUCUCCAGUCCCCCUCCAACACCCAACUAGCAGCAGACUAUAAUAAUGAUAACCAACUAUCAUUUGCUUAUUGUGUUUAUAAUUUAUUUAAGCUUAAAGUAAACGAAAAAUUGUUAUUACA